GCCGGUUGCCAGGGAGGCCGCGCUCCCCACCCCGCCCCGUCGGCCCCGGUGCUCGCGCGUUCGGUGACGGCCGGGCAGCGCGAUGCCAAGGGAGAGCUGCUGGCGGGGGCGGUGGGAUCUCGGUGCGCCAUGAGCCCGGCUGCGGCCGAUGAGCACAGCGCACGCCGCCCUCCACUUGCCCCGGGGCCUCGGCCGCGUAGAUAGCGGCGGCAGGACAGGAAGCCCGAGGACACCGCAGGGCCGCGUCUCUACCAACACGCGAAGGGAGUCGGGCCCCGGGCCGCCACCGUCACCUCGGCCGCUGCAGCCGUCGCCAUCGCCUUGUUCCCCCACCCUCCCGCCAUGGCCGAAGAGCUCUCCGCGGCCACGUCCUACACCGAAGAUGAUUUCUACUGCCCGGUCUGUCAGGAGGUGCUCAAAACGCCCGUGCGGACUGCGGCCUGUCAGCACGUUUUCUGUAGAAAAUGUUUCCUGACUGCAAUGAGGGAAAGCGGAACACAUUGUCCCCUGUGUCGUGGAAAUGUGACUAGAAGAGAGAGAGCAUGUCCCGAACGGGCUUUAGACCUUGAAAAUAUCAUGAGGAAGUUUUCUGGUAGCUGCAGAUGCUGUGCAAAACAGAUUAAAUUCUAUCGCAUGAGACAUCAUUACAAAUCUUGUAAGAAGUAUCAGGAUGAAUAUGGUGUUUCUUCUAUCAUUCCAAACUUUCAGAUCUCUCAAGAUUCAGUAGGGAACAGUAAUAGGAGUGAAACAUCUACAUCUGAUAACACAGAAACUUACCAAGAGAAUACAAGUUCUUCUGGUCAUCCUACUUUUAAGUGUCCCCUGUGUCAAGAAUCAAAUUUUACCAGGCAGCGUUUACUGGAUCACUGUAACAGUAAUCACCUAUUUCAGAUAAUUCCUGUGACAUGUCCCAUUUGUGUGUCCCUUCCUUGGGGAGAUCCUCGCCAGAUAACUAGAAAUUUUGUUAGUCAUCUAAAUCAGAGACAUCAGUUUGAUUAUGGAGAAUUUGUGAAUCUUCAGCUAGAUGAAGAAACCCAGUAUCAAACUGCUGUUGAAGAAUCUUUUCAAGUAAACAUCUGAAGGCUGUAGACGCCUCUGCAUCUUUGUACCUGCAAGUGCCAUCCUUAGGGGAAAACUACAUGUAGUCACCGUUUCAGUAACUUGAUGUGUAUAUUAAUAAAAGUAAUUCCAUCAUUUUAGGUUUUGAUUGAAAAUAAAGGCGAGGCUUCUAAAAACUUCAUCCUCUUGAUAAGUUAAAAAAUGAAAGUUAUGACAUUAGCUUUAAAAGCGUAAAAAAAGAUAUUUCACUAAUGUAAUGGUGAAAGAGAAUCCCUGUUGUACUUUAUCUUUUUGUAAUACUAAAUAUUCUUGAAUUUUUCAUUAUGUUGCUUUUGAAAUUUGGUGCAUUCCUCCCAUUUACUUUAUUAUUGUACACAGAUAACACACAGUAGCAAAUUUUGAACAGUGUGAUUGAUAUAAACCUAACAAAUCUGAGCCAGUUAUUAGAGUUGCAGAGUAGAAACUUGAAGUGCUAAAUGGAAUAAUCCAAAGGAAAUUUUUAAAAUGCAGAUUCUAGCUGAAAAAUUCAACUAUAAGAAAAUUGUAUUUAUAUAACAUUUACUAUUUUUGAAGACUAGUGAGAGUUCUGUAAUAAUUUUAAUUCUUUAAAAAGUGAAAGCUUGUAAAGAUAUUUUGUUUUUGUUAUUAGAAGGAAAUAAUGAGAAAAAUUUAUUUCUUUCAUGGGCAUUUGUUAAUUUCAGUCUUACUUUGACUGAUUUGUAAGCUUGGAAUUUACUAAGCUGAAUAACAGCUCGUUAGCCUCAGAAUUUUCAAUAGCCAGUAUUUCUGAUUAACUAAGUUGAAACUUUUAUUAGAAACUUUCAGUUGGUGAUACUGUAUUACUGUACUCUACAAGAUACAAAUGAGAGAUUUGGCUUCAUCUCAGUUUAGAAAUUUAUUCAAAGCUAAAGAUGUAUAUGUAUGUAUACAUACACUUGUGUGUGUAUAUAUAUAUAUUACACACAUGUAUGUAUGUAUGCAGUUUGUCAGGUUAUAUAUAGAAUUUCUAUUAAGGGUUUUUAAAAUGGACAAACAAUGGGGGUUGAAGUGUUUACCUGAUUUGUUAAAAUUUUGUAUAUCACCAAAUUUUUAAAAAGUAACAGUCACAUUGCUCAGUGAUCUAGUUGGCUGCUAUUACACCUUAAAAAUUGAGUUUACACACACAAUUAUCUGUUUAUAUGGUGCUCAUUUGUUAUUCUCAAAUUUAAUGUGUGACCAUGAUGUAGUGAGAAAGAUUCUACCAACCAUUCUGUUUCACUACUUUUUAGUAAAAACUGGGUUUGUUCUUAGUAUUCAUUAAUGAGAAUUAUAAAGUAUUUUGUAGAAGGCCCAAAUCACAGAAUAAAGGACGAAUAGUAGAUUCACUGGCAUUCCAUACUAAUAAUAAAUUGUUUAUGCUUUCUUUAAAAUUACUAAAAGAACAUAAAAGAGAAUCUCAGAAGUAGUUUGCUGCUAAUAUAUACAUAUAUUGUAUAAAAAAGGUAUAUUUUGGUUUUGUUAAAACCCUUCUUGACUUUUCUACACUGAACAUUUUUUUAACUUGAUUUAAUAAAAACGUUAAUUUUGGAAGUGGAGUUUUGUAAAAACCUUUUUCAAUCAAACAGUAAUGACUUUAUUUAUGGAUUAUAAUAACAACCACAAAAAAAGCCAUAUGUCUUAAUGAACAUAUGCCUUUGUUUUGUUAUUUUAUAGGGUGAUGUUUACUAUGUAUGUGCUUGAGCAUUUUCUCUGCAGUUACAUGGGUGUAAUUUUAAAAACAGGUCCUUUUAAAGAGACUUUUGACCAUAGUUUUUUCCAGUUUAAAGCAAUAACUUUCAUAGUUUCUUUCAAAGUUUAAUACAUCCAAUAUGUUAAGUUAAACCAUUCUGGGAUUUGGGAACUUCUUUAAAGGAAAAUUGUAGUAGAGGUCAUCUUGAUGGAAUUGUGUUUUGAAGUUUUGUGAAUGAGUUAAGUAUCACUGGUAGUUUUGUGUGUCUCACAUAUCAGCUUUUUCAUAAGGAAAAUACUGACUUUGUUUGCUUUUAUCUGGGAAUUUCUCAAUAUGAUUGUUUAAAAUUUCCCCUUCUUUUGUUAGUGAGUUGGGAAUAGGGAUAGACUUUACAGAUUUAAUUUAUGGAAAUUAAAUUUAUGGGGAAAAGUUCUUAUUUUUAAUACUGCUUAUAGCUGAAUCAGGAUUAAAGGAGGGAAACUGUAUUGAUACUCCAAUACCUUAAUUUCACAGUACCACUUAGGAAAACGAUUUCAACAAAUUACAGUUUAUGUUGUUAAACAGUCUUAUUUGAGAUGUAUUGCUUUAUUUUUAAAUUAAAAGUGGUUUUCUCCUA